UUUCAGGGUGGUAACGUUCUAUGUCAUCCUGCCUCGAAAAUAGACCUCCAGACUGAACUAAAAAAGCCUUUUUACUCGGAUUAACUUGUCAUCGUAAACUGAAGACGUUAACUGGAUUGUCUCUGUGCUGUUCUCUUUGUUUAAACUGCUCAACGUCUGAAGUGAAGACUGUCGUCAUUCGAAGCUAACUCGGCUAGCGUUAGCUCUAGUUGGAGCAAACAGAAGAGCUUUAACGGACUGAAAUAAACUUUGAAGAUUUAUUAAACAUGUCUACCGUCCAAAUUCUGAGAUGUUUAGUGAACCAGAGGCUGACUGCUGCUGCUGAAGAGGUUUUUGAGAUGUUUGAAAGAACGAUAGCAGACUACGAGGAGAAACUGAGACGAUCCAGAGAGGAGAACCAUCGACAACAGAAACUACUGAGUGCUGUUUACAACCCUGAAAUCCACCUGGACACAGCAGAGGUUGAACAGCUGAUGGUGAGAAAAGAAGAGGUUCUCCCUGAGCAGCAGGAGAGGAGCUCUAGUCUGAUCCAGGAGAUUACCGAGCCUCCACUCAUUAAAGAGGAACAGGAAGACUUAUGGAGAGGUCAGGACAGGGAGCAGCUUCAACAAGCAGAGGAGGAAGAUAACCUGUUCACUCCUAUCUCUGUGAAGAGUGAAGAAGAGGACGAAGAGGAACCUCAGUCCUCACAGAGUUGUCAAACUCAACCAGAAGAGAGCAGAGACACUGGGCUUCUUAAAACAGAUGCUGGUGGAGAGGAGUGUGGAGAAUCUGAAGCAGACAGAGACUUUAUUCCAGACUGGUAUUUUCUGCCAACUACUCCUGACAAGCCUUCACACCUUUUCAGACCUGACACUUACCAAAGUGGUGACUGGGGGGAGAGUGAUGAGCCUCAGGAAGGACUAAACCCUCUGCAGAACAAAGGUGUAGCAGUAAAUAUUCCUGUGACAUUUAACACUUUAAACACAUCAGUUAGUUCCUCUGAAUGUUCCCCAAAUAUUGGACAAAAGAAACAAAAGAGGAAGGAGAAAGGAGAGAAACCGUACAGUUGCUCAGUUUGUGGUAAAAGUUACCCAGGUAAGAAUAAUCUAAAAGAACACAUGUUACGUCAUGCAGCAGAGAAACCUUUUAGCUGCUCAGUUUGUAACAGAAGUUUUAUCAAGAAAACAGAACUGGUGACUCAUAUGAGAUCCCACACAGGAGAAAAACCUUACCAAUGCUCAGUUUGUGGUAAAAGAUUUACUCAGAGUGGAUCUCUGACAACUCACUUUGUCAUACACUCAGGAGUAAAACCGUUUAGUUGUUCUGUUUGUGGUAAAAGUUUUUCUCAACGGGGAGGUCUGAAGCAACACUCAGCUGUCCACACAACGGAGAAACUAUUCAGCUGCUCAUUUUGUGAGAACACUUUUCAGUCCAGAGCAGAUUUUGUUAAACACAUGAGGGCCCACGCAGUAGAGAAACCAUUCAGCUGCUCAGUUUGUGGUAAAGGUUUCUAUCAGUACUGCAAUAUGAAACAACAUGAGGUUAUGCACAUCAGAGAAAGCGUACAGUUGGAGGGUUUGUCAUAGCGAGUUCUCUCUGCUGUUGUUUUUCAUGAACAUAAAUGUGUUGUUAGGAGCAGCCAAACAUGAAUGUCACCUGUAGAGCAGGCCAAGCCCAACCUGACUUUUUCCUGUAAUAAUUCAUCUGGGUUUUUUUGGGCUCUUGUUUGUUUAACUAAUUUCUCUUGAUGUGUUAAACUCUUCAUGUUAUGUGAUCAAACAAUUUAAGUCUUCAAAGGCGGAGGUGGGGACUCGAGCUUUAGACUCUGACUUGAGUCAGACCUGAUAUUUGACUUGGACUCACACCUUACAGACCCCAGACUUGACUUGGACUUAAGGUUUGGGGCUUGUUCGUAGUUUUAUUUCUGGUGCAUUAUGAUAAGCUGAAUGUCAUUUCCUCCUUUCUCUCAGUACGCGGUCUGUCACAGGAUGUCACGGUUGAAAUGAAGGAGCGCUCAGAUAGAGAAACUCAACCGUCUUAGAAAAUGAAGAAUAAGAAGUCACUCUCUGCUAUAACUUUUCAUUUAAAGUUGGUUAAAAAAGGAUGCUGAUGAUUUCUUCUCAUCAGUUUUCUAGGCUCUGUUGUUCAGUUAACAGAUCAAUAAGUGUCUGCUUAUUCAGAUCACAAGUGUCCAGUGUUGCUAGUCUUAGUCGUAGUUUCAGUUAUUUGGGCUGUCUGCAUUAAUGCAUUAGCCCUCAGGCCCUCCUUUAAAAUAAUCACACUCUCCCUCUUUAAGCCCUUUUAGGACAUUGGAUGUAUUU